UCAACAUGGCGAACGAGCUGACAUCAGCCCCAGACUCAGUGCAGUGUCCUGUGUGUUUUAAGGAUUUCAGGACAGACAGAAUUAAUGGACACCUGGACGUGUGUCUGCUGGGUGGCGGUACCGACAGCAGUCCGUCCACAGCGGGCGAAAACGGACCUCCAGAGAAGAAACCUCGUAUUAAUGCGGAAAAGGUUCCGUCCAGUCCCGGUGUAAACAAAAGUACCGUCCCCUCCUCCUCCUCUUCCUCCUCGGCAGGUACGUCGUCAACAGCGGUAUUCUCCAUGUUCCAAACAAACAAGAGUAAAGUUUCUUCUCAAAAUGAACGUAACGGACCAUUCUUCAGUAAAACAAGCUCUGGUCUUGCUGCUAACAAGGGAGUUAAACGUAGUUUGCCAGAGGAGGCGGAAGCAGGACCGGCAAGUAGGCCUCCAGAGGUUCUGAAGAGCCAGCCCUCUGGAUUCAACGGGCCGACCGUGAACGCAUCACAUCAACUGUCACUGCACACACUGCUCACAAUGAAUAAACCCCUGGCAGACAUACUGCGACCAAACACACUGGAGGAGUACUUUGGUCAGACUAAAGUUGUAGGCCAGCAAACACUCCUCCGGUCACUUCUGGACUCUCAGGAAAUACCAUCUCUGAUCCUCUGGGGACCACCAGGAUGUGGAAAGACCACUUUAGCUCACAUAAUUGCCAGCGCCAGUAAAAAGAAUGGAUCAGCCCGCUUUGUCCCUCUGUCAGCCACCAGUGCGUCUGUUAAUGAUGUUCGUGAGGUAAUCAAGCAGGCACAGAAUGAGCUUCGACUGUGCAAGAGGAAGACCAUCCUAUUUAUUGAUGAAAUUCACCGCUUCAACAAAUCCCAGCAGGACACCUUCCUUCCUCACGUCGAGUGUGGGACGGUGACGCUGAUCGGGGCGACCACAGAGAAUCCUUCCUUUCAGGUGAACGCCGCUCUGCUGAGCAGGUGUAGGGUGCUGGUCCUGGAGAGGCUGUCCGUGGAAGCGAUGGGCGCGAUCCUGGACAGGGCCGUGUCCACACUGGGGGUCAAGGUACUGGGACGUGAGCCAGAAAAUUCCAAAGAUCAGGACCAGUCAGAUGGACAUGAGCCAAAGGUAUUAAUCGAACAAAAAGCUCUUGACACCAUAGCCUACCUUUGUGAUGGUGACGCAAGGGUGGGCCUCAAUAGUCUCCAGCUCGCUGUUCAGGCUCAGGUGAGCUUGGCUAACACAUUAACACAUGACACUUCAUCCCUGGAAAUAGUGGUGAAGGAGGAGCAUGUGAAGGAGGGUCUUCAGAGGUCCCAUAUUCUCUAUGAUAAAGCAGGUGAAGAGCAUUUCAACUGUAUCUCAGCAUUGCACAAGUCGAUGAGAGGCUCCCAUGAGAACGCCUCCCUGUACUGGCUGGGCCGCAUGCUGGAGGGUGGUGAAGAUCCCCUCUAUGUCGCUCGAAGGCUUGUCCGCUUUGCCAGUGAAGAUGUGGGUCUGGCAGAUCCCUCUGCUCUUCCUCAGGCUGUUUCUACCUUCCAGGCUUGUCACUUUAUUGGGAUGCCUGAAUGUGAGGUGAUCUUGGCUCAGUGUGUUGUCUAUUUGGCCCGAGCGCCCAAGUCUGCAGACAUGUACUUAGCCUAUGAUAAUGUGAAGGCAUGUUUGAGGAACCAUAAGGGUCCGCUCCCUCCUGUGCCUCUUCAUCUCCGCAAUGCCUCAAGCAAACUGAUGAAACAGCUGGGCUACGCUAAGGGCUACAAAUACAACCCAGCCUUCAGUGGCCCUGUAGAGCAGGAGUACUUACCUGAAGAGCUGAAGGGAAUUGACUUCUUCACCUGGAAGCCACCAGCCCCAUAAGGACCAUCAUUUACAGAGCAUGCUUAAAUAUGCUUAGAAAGCCACCUUGUGAAAUGGUCACAAGGGAUAUACAAGUCACACAUACUGUCUGAUUAAUACUGUUUUCAAAGUGGAAACCAUUAACAUAACUUUAGCUGAUAGUUUUACACACCAAUCACUGUUUUAGGACAUUUAGUUUCCCAUAUAAUCUCCAAUGAACAAUCACAUGUAGGUAAAAUCAAUAAACUGUCACCAUAAUGAUCUGUUCAACUUUAUUUCCAUGCUGUGUAUUCAAAUAUUUACUACAUUAAAUGUCUGAUUUCAUUUAUUCUUGUCCUGUUCUAUAACAAUUCAAUCAUGUUUAUACUGAUUAAAAUAUUUGUUUUAUGAUUGUUAUAUGUUUUUAAAUUUAAAUUUUGCUGUACUUGCAGCCCUAUGUGAAAUACAAUAUAAUACAACACAAAUAUUUCACAGUUUCAUAGUUUAUUAUUCAGUCACUUCUUCAUUUCUGGAGAUUUC